GCACGCGCAAAGAACAGGGUGGGGGGCUCAAAAUCGCUCCGCUUCCGCGGGAUCCGAUCUGCGUAGGGGGUCUCCCGUUCUCCCUCAUGAUCGGUCGAGUUCGAGACGAUUGGGGAGGGCAAGAUCUUUAGAUGGAAAUGGACUAUGUGUCCGAAUUCCCGCACAUCCACACGGAUCGGCGUCCCAGGAAGAGGCCGAGGUUAGCUUGGGAACCUCUUCCCAAGGCUCAGUCAGGAGUUUUUUGUGGGCAAGAGCUUGGGAAUGUGACAAGCUAUGGACCUCCCAGAGUACUCCAGGACCAUGCUAGUCUUUUUGUAAGGGGAUUGGAUCAAAAGGGCUCUCCCCCAUGGCGAGAUGAUGACAAGGAUGGGCAUUACAUGUUUGCAGUUGGAGAUAAUUUAACUUCUCGCUAUAAAAUCAACAGGAAAGUUGGGGAAGGCACUUUCGGACAGGUUCUGGAGUGCUGGGAUAGAGAAGCUAAGGAAAUGGUUGCCAUAAAAGUUGUGCGAAGCAUUAAAAAGUAUCGCGAAGCAGCAAUGAUAGAAAUAGAUGUGCUCCAGUUGCUUGGGAGAUAUGACAGAACGGGCAGCCGUUGUGUUCAAAUACGGGACUGGUUUGACUAUCGUAAUCAUAUCUGCAUUGUGUUUGAAAUGCUUGGACCAAGCUUGUUUGAUUUUCUUCGGAAAAACAGUUAUCGCCCAUUUCCAGUUGAUCUUGUCCGGGAACUUGGCAGACAGCUUUUGGAGUGUGUAGCAUUUAUGCAUGAUAUGCGCCUCAUUCACACAGAUUUAAAGCCUGAGAACAUACUAUUUGUAUCGGCAGAGUAUGUGAAAGUACCUGACUACAAGGCUACAUCUCGAUCACCGAAAGAAGGAAAUUACUAUAAGAGGUUGCCAAAGUCAAGUGCUAUUAAGGUCAUCGAUUUUGGAAGCACUGCUUAUGGGCAUAGAAGUCACAACUAUAUUGUAUCAACCAGGCACUACCGAGCACCAGAAGUUAUUCUUGGGCUUGGAUGGAGUUAUCCAUGUGAUAUAUGGAGUGUUGGCUGUAUCCUGGUGGAACUGUGCUCGGGGGAAGCAUUGUUUCAGACUCAUGAAAAUCUAGAGCACUUGGCCAUGAUGGAGAGGGUCUUGGGACCAUUGCCUCAGCAUAUAUUGAAAAGAGCAGAUCGACAUGCUGAGAAGUAUGUUAAAAGGGGAAGACUGGACUGGCCGGAAGGGGCGACAUCUCGGGACAGCAUUAGAGCUGUUCUAAAGUUACCUCGUCUUCAGAACCUAAUAAUGCAGCACGUGGAUCACUCUGCUGGGGACUUAAUUGACCUCGUGCAGGGUCUUCUUAGGUACGAACCGUCUGAAAGGCUGACCGCCCAUGAAGCCCUCAGACAUCCCUUCUUUUCCAGGGAUCAUUACCGGAGGUUUUAGGAAAAUAUGGUUUGCUCUGCUGGCACUCUGAUGUAUUGCUGGAGCAUUAUGUCAUUCUAUUUGCUCCACAGAUUAGAGUGAUCGAUUUGGUUCUUGAUUUGCUGUUGGAAGUGAAGGAUGAAGAAGGAAAAAAAUUUAAAAAGAAAAAAGAAAGAGAAAAAAAAGUAGGAAGAAUAUUCCACCAUCACCCAGAGCUUCUUGAUUGAGCUAUUGUAGAUAACCCCAUUAUCAAGUGAAGCUUUAUCCUUGACCAAGAUUGCAAGUUUUGUAUCUUUACAAUAUGUUGUAUCGAUUUUUUUUCUGUCCCUUACAGCUUUCGAUGAUGAGCUUUGCCUCCACGCACUGCUCAUAAGAAACUUAGGAUCAUCAAUUCAUCGAACGUAAAUGAAAGCAGAGCUGCAUUACUAGAUGACAAUUUGGAAAUGAGAUCGGAAUGCAGUUCAGCUGGAGAUGUUGUAAAUUUGGAGUAAAAUAAAUGUUUGUUUCCUGAUUGUUAA